AUGUCGUAUCGCCAAGCCUUCAGCUCGUUCUACGCGCGCAACUUCGAACGGCGGCCGUGGGUCACUCUCGCGGUGACCAACGGCACGCUGGGUGUGCUCGCCGACGCAGCAGCGCAAUCGCUCGAACGCAUCAGCCAGGCGCAGUCGCUCGAGCAGCAGCAGCGAUCCCGGACGUCAUCAGACACAACCUCGACACAACCACCACCAUCUGCAGUCACCGAUUCAGGAUGGGACUGGUCGCGCUCAGGCCGCUUCCUUGCGUUCAACGUCGGCAUGGCACCCUUGCUCGCCGAAUGGAAUCGCUUCCUCGAGUUCCGCUUUCCUCUGCGUGCUGCCCCCGCCGCCACGGCAGCUGCUGGCGCUCUGGGCAAAGUGAGCCUCCGUGCGCUCGGCAAUCGAGUCGCCAUGGACCAGAUCUUCUUCGCACCCAUUGGACUGGCGCUGUUCACGGGAGCCAUGGGCGCCAUGGAGCGCGGCUCGCUUGAAGGUGUGCAGGCCAAAUUCGGCGAGAUGUACAUUCCCGCGCUGCUCGCCAACUGGCAGAUCUGGCCGCUCGUCCAGCUGGUCAACUUCCGAUACAUGCCACUCAAAUAUCGUGUGCCCUUCGUGUCGGCCGUCGGCAUCCUGUGGAACAUCGGCCUCUCGCUACUCUCCCAGUCGACACGGCCAAAGCAAUCGCCCGCGCUGUCGGAAAAGCAGGCUGUGCAACUCAGCGCGCCGACCAAGCCACCUUCUACCGCCUAA